GAAUCGCACAUGCUCAAUUGCGGCCCGAUAAGCUCUCCAUCGACUUGCUAUUACCUGGUCGUUUAAUGAAAUCUUUGAAAUCGCCCUGCGAUACCUUCUCAGUGCCUUUCCAUCACAAGUGAAGCAACAUUCUGCAUGCGACGGCCCUACAGCUCCGAAGACUCGCAACAAUGACGAGGCCGCGUAAAUCAUCAGGCGCCAGCGAAGAGAGCGGCGGCACGGCGCCCGAGCAGGAGCUCGGGAGCAUGUACGAUUACCUUGCCAAGAUCAUAUUACUCGGCCCCAGCGGCACCGGCAAAUCAUGUCUACUGCACCGCUUCGUCAAGAAUGAAUGGCGCGUCCUGUCUUCGCAGACCAUUGGGGUAGAAUUUGCAAGCAAAAUCAUCAGAGUCGGCACGGGCGCCCGGCGGAAACGAAUCAAGCUACAGCUCUGGGAUACGGCCGGCACGGAGCGAUUCAGAUCUGUAUCAAGAUCGUACUAUCGCGGUGCGGCUGGCGCCAUUCUCGUCUACGACCUCACCUCGCACACGUCCUUUCGAUCGCUACAGCCGUUCCUAAACGAUGCACGAGCACUUGCGUCACCGAAUUUAAGCUUGAUGCUGGUCGGGAACAAGCUGGACCUAGCAGAGGACUCUCCCGACACCAACCUGCCGCCUUCCACACCGGGCAGUCUAGCUUCCACAUCAGGCGGCACAUCUGGGUCCUUUCCGUUCUCAACAACACCGGCCGCAUCUGGGUCAUCGCUCAGGGAUUACAGCGGGUCGAUCUCAGCAGGGAGCCAACAACGAGCGACGGUCGCACCCGAGGGACGCGAAGUCUCGAGCGCCGAGGCGAGUCGCUGGGCAAGCACGGCAGGGAUAUCAGUAGUGACCGAGGCAAGCGCCCUCAAUGGCGAAGGUGUGGAUGAGAUCUUUGGCCGACUGGCUCGAAUCAUCCUCACCAAGAUCGAGCUCGGGGAGAUUGACCCCGAUGACCCCAUGAGUGGCAUUCAAUACGGCGACAGCGGCGGGUGGAACACGGCCAGCGAUGGCGGCAGCAUCAAAAGCACAAUGACCGGCGCCACUAUCGACGACGGAGGCAUCCCUGGUCUGCGCAGACGUAAGAGAGGCAAGAGCAGAACGCAGAACUGGGGCUUGAGGGAGUGGGAAGAGGUUUUCACGUUGAGCAGUAAUCGUCGACGAGGAGGUGGGUGCUGCUGAUGAACGGGCUGGGCCCAGCUGUGGCCCAACUGUGGGAGAUGGGGAGCGCACUUGUUGGGCUAGAUGUGCAACUUGCUUCUGUUCUUUUGGCGAGCGUGUUUGCUACGAUCAAUUUCGACGUCCUUUACUCUGCCGAUCGAUCUCACCUGCAUCAUGGUAGUAAUCAAUUAAUGAACCACCGGCAAGUACUUUGAACACAUAAAUCU